CUCCUAGAGACUGCUGAGAUGAUCAUUAAGGGAGACUUAGAUCGGAUGGCAGAAGACAUCGGGCAUGCAGGUGGUGGACUGAAGACGAUGCUGGAUGCCAUGGAAGUUCCAAGUCAUGCUAGGGAUCUCCUCCUGCAGCUCAACAGCCAACGCACCAAGGGCUUUUUGUGUGAUGUUAUUAUUGUGGUGCAGAACGCCCUCUUCAGAGCUCACAAGAACAUUCUGGCUGCCAGCAGCCACUACUUGAAGUCUUUGGUGGUCCAUGACAAUCUCAUUAACCUCGACCACGAGAUGGUGAGUCCAGGAGUCUUCAGGGUCAUUCUGGACUACAUCUACACAGGCCGCCUUACUGAAGGAGACCCUGCUUCUCCCACUGAACCCAAUCUAGGGGCGGUCUUGGCAGCAGCCAGCUACCUUCAGCUGCUUGACUUAGUGGCUUUGUGCAAAAAGAAGCUUAAACGAAAUGGCAAAUACCCACCCCGCCCGGGCCCAGCAUUUCUUCCUUAUCCAAAGAUGGGCCCAAAUAGUAUGGGUUUAGGGAGUGGCAGGUAUAGGGUUUCUACUCCUGUCAUUCAGUCCUGCCCUCCAGGAGGAAUUGUGAACAGCCUUGGUCCCCGGGCACCACCACUAGAGGAGCUAGUUCCCCAUCGACUAGCCAUUCAUGCUGGAGAGCUUUAUGCUCCCACCUCCACCCAGGGUUCUCAGGUGUUUCCAUCCCCGCAGUCAGCUCUUCCUGCCCAGUUAGGACUGCGCACAGCCCAUCCUGACAGAAACUGCUCCCCCAUCUACGGCCUUGAUCUCUCCAAGAAAAGUCCAAACUCCCAGUCUCAACACACGCCCUCUCAGUCCCAUCUGGCAAACACUCAUAAUGAUGAAGAGCGGGACGGGACAUUAAGCGGCCGCACCAGUCCCAUGCACGGGAUCAACGGACGAGCCUUCCCAUCAGACAAAAUGGAGUCAACCGAUCAGGCGGGCUCUCUCACUCCUCCACCUUUCCCUCAUCUCAACCAGCCUCUUGGUCCACACCUCCCCCACCUUCAUCGCUCCGGCUCCCAGGGCACAGACCGCUACCCAUGCCCCCCCAGCCCCGAUACCCCAACAGAAGGCGGAGAGGUUGGCAGAGAGGUGGGCAACAUCUACCGCUGGGUGAAACAUGAGCCAAUAUCAUACCCAGCUGAAGAUGAGGAUGAAGAUGAGGAUGAGGAUGAAGCAGGUGAAAAUGGAGACCAGCAUCACAACCACAAGGCCGGGGAGGAAAGUGAAGGAGCGGAUGAUAAGAGUGGGUCAGGCACAGAGGAGACCGGCAGUAGUGAAGGCCGGCCGUCCCCCUCUGGACCGAUGGGGAGGUUCCACAUGCCGUAUGAGCCAGAAAGCUUUGGGGACAAUCUGUAUGUUUGCAUUCCCUGUGACAAAGGCUUCCCAAGCUCAGAGCAGCUCAAUGCACAUGUGGAGACACACACAGAAGAAGAGCUGUACAGCAACUCUGGUGGGGAGAUGGGAAACAGCAAUAACAACAAAAACAUCAGCAGCAAUACAAACGGUUAUGGGAGCCUGAACAGCAGCAACAGUUUGAACAGUCUCUCACACCUGGAGACAAAAUCUAACCAGAGCCUAAAUUCAGGCUGCAUUGGGGACAUGAUUCGCCCCUACCGUUGCUCCAACUGUGAUAAGUCCUACAAAGACCCGGCCACUUUGCGACAACAUGAGAAGACCCACUGGCUGACGAGGCCUUACCCAUGCAGCAUCUGUGGAAAGAAGUUCACACAGCGUGGAACCAUGACCCGUCACAUGCGUAGUCACUUGGGCCUGAAACCUUUUGCUUGUGACUCCUGUGGCAUGCGCUUCACCCGCCAAUACCGCCUUACCGAGCACAUGCGCAUCCACUCUGGGGAGAAGCCCUACGAAUGUCAGGUGUGUGGAGGAAAGUUUGCUCAGCAGCGCAAUCUCAUCAGCCAUAUGAAGAUGCACAGCAGUGGAGGAACUGCAGGGGGCCUGACCACAGAUGGGAAACUGAAGCUGGACUUUGCAGAGGGCAUCUUUCCUCUGAGUAAAUACACAGCAGAACACCUGGGGCUUAAGCAGGAGAAGGCCAAUGAGCUUCUUAUACAAGCUCAGCAGCAACUGGUAGCUGAUGCAAAGGCCAUAGAGAGCCUUUACCCACUGUCCAAACUGGCCUCAGAACACCUGGGCAUCCCCCACGACAAGAUGGACAUCCUGGGCCAACCACUGCCCCCUCCUCCACAGCCCCUGUCUGAUGCACGCACCAUUGACCGCUAUUCCCCCAGCUAAGGCCAUUUCAACUGUAUUAACAUCAAUCACCGAUGCACACACACAACUUGCAGUAUUCUGAAGCCAUUCACCUCAACUCAGUAUCUCUUCUGCACCUCAGACUCAGGCCAAAAGGUCUGCUAAUGCACACCAAACUGUGUAGACUCCAAGUGCCUUUCUAUACAUUUAAUGUAUCUUUAAGUUCUCCUUCAUAAAGGAGCACUGUGCUAUUCCAUGACCAAGGAACACUUACUGAGAGAAGUACAGUAUUUAUGUACAGCGUGUGCAACAGACAUUUUUUUUAAUUCCAGCCAUUGAGCCAAAGUAACAAAUUGAAAACCAAAAUGAAAUUGUUUUAUUUAUUUUUGUAUUAUGAUGAAAUCCAAAGAGAAACUGUUGCAAGGAAGUGUUGCAAUCUGACCCUAAACCUGUGUACUAUUGAGUGUCAUCUGUGUACAAAAAAAAGGAAAAAGCACAUAAGGACAGGAUUCAGGGUUUGCGUCCAGACCUGAGCGGAACUUUUUACCGAAUGAAUAAGCCAACUCUUCUGGACUUUAAAGUAAUGAGAGGAUUAUAAUUUUUUAAAUUGCUGUUUUGUUUGGGGUACUGGACAAUUUAUGUAUCUCACCCCCUGCUUCUCCCCAUCCUGUUCCUGCUUCCCAAGUCAUAUGGAAGUGACUGAACGAUAAGAGCAAUUGCCUCAGCAUUUUGGUAAAGUCUCUUUUGAUUUUAUUUCUUCACAUUUUUUGAAGUCACCCACUCCUCCCCUGCAUUUUACUACCGAUAAAAGCUCCUACUAUAUGACAGUAAUGGUAGCUUAAUCAGUCUUACUCUCAGCAUUUCUUGAACUAAAACUUCCUUUGCUUUUUGACUAACAUCCCGUAGCUUUCAGUUGUUAUUGAAAAGCAGCAAGCACGGCCCUGUGAUCUAAUAUGUGGGACAUGAUUGCACAUACCCAACUCAUGACACACUAAUCCCCGAUCAUGACGAGUGUAGCUUCAUCGUAUGGUGUAGACGAAGCAUGGGUGUUGCCUCUGUCAUUGUGUAAUAUCUACAAUUAUGGAUACAACUAGGGAACUGAGCACAAGAGGAACAGGGACCAGGUCACAAUUAAUGAGAGAAAUCUGUCAUUUACUGUCAGGAACUAUUACUGCAUCCACACAAGUCUAAUGAAUAAUCAUAAUGCGGCAGUAGUGAAAUCCUGUGUUGGAUGAAGCUCUGUUACACUGCUGCCCUCUCAUUUGACCUCCCUCCCUUGUAGUAUGUUGUCUGCAAGCCCUGCUACUGUUGACAGGCCAAAGUGAGCGCUGUACUCAGCCCUUUGCCUUAAAUCUACACCACACACACACGCACGCACACACACGCACACACACACACACACACACGCACACACGCACACACACACACACACACACAGUGAGCUGCUAAUCUGUCAGUGAUAUGACCAUAAGAAGGGGUAUCUGGGUCUUCCUCAGAAGCUAGCGAGUGAACAGCACAUCCCAGCUGUUGUGCUUCAGUAAUCCCUGUGAAAUCUCACUUUCUCCUUGACAAUUCACACUGCUCGCCGGCAUGAUGUCCCAUUUCAUGCCUGCCAUCUUACCCUUCUUAUCCACUUAUUAACAUCAUAUCCCAGCCUAGCAAAUAUCUCCCGGCCUCCCUUCCCUGCUGGUAUCAAACACAGAAGUAAGAAUGACAUAUUUCUGUGUUGGCGGGCCAGCAGUUCCUCCAGCUUGAAAAACAAAAGAGCACUUAAAAGUUGUGGGUUGAAGGCAUAUUUCUGCCUUUAAAUGUUUAUUCCAAAGAACAUGCUGGCUUUUUCUUCUUUCUUUUUGUUUCUUUUACUGGUCCUUGAUUCAGAUUAGAAAUGUCUGACCACUAUAGUGCCAAUGCCAACCUCAGUGGGUGAAUGUGAAGACUAAAGCCAUAAAUACACUGUGAUAGACGUAGUGAAUCUUAAAGGCUUAAAAAAAAAAACAGAAACAAUGUGCCUUACUUUUUGGGAUUGUUUUUUUUUUUUAAUGUAACAAUAACUUAAGGGCUUCAUAUCUGUAGCAUAUGAUCAUAUCAAACAUGUUGUUUCCUGUCACUUACUUUUCUUGACCUUAUUUUGGUUUUAACUGAAAGUAGCGCACGUGAAACCGGUGCUUACCUCAGGACUGAACCCAGCAUGGGGACGCUAAGCUUUAGUAAACUUUCAAUUACAAAUACACACACUUGCACACUCUUUUUAAUUAUUUUUUUUAACUUUUGUUUUUACGGGGCAGUCGUCCUGUGUCAAACCUGUGGUUAUGUUGUGUUCAUACAUUUCUUGUUACAGUUUUAUUGUGCAGAGAUAACAUGUGAUAUUAACAUUCUUGUUUGUAUUUUUACUAUGCGUUAUACAUUUUGUAUUGUAUCGUCCUCCAAGAGGCUUGUGUCGGUCUGACCAGUUCCACUGUUAUAACAUGAGGCAAAGUCAUUUUGGGAGUAUCUUAACUAAACAGCAGUGUAGUAAGUAUGAUCAUUUAUCUUUGGUUUCAGCAUCGCAGAAAGUCUAGUUGUCAAGUGUAAUUUUUUUUCUCAUGAGACAAAUUGUAUUAUCAGCACUUCCCUCAACAUUCAAAAACUGGCCUUAUACUAUUUGACCUAUAACUGAAUUGUGUUACGAUUAGAAACAAACUUGCACAACAACUUACAGGAAAUUACCAUGCUUUUCAUGUUACUUUAAGUUUUGGGACCCUGUUGUUUAGCUCUGUAAUGAAAAAAAUGAAAACAAAUUGCCCAAAUGAUACAUUAUUAGUAAUUAGACCUUUGUCUAGUUGCACAUGUGUACGUGUUAAAAUUGUAGAAACAGGCGGAUGUCAGUCGUGGGAAUUUCAGUCACACUUUUCCAACUCACUCCCUCUCAUUCACUGGUUUAAAUGAGAAUCUGUCCGCAGCCUUAUGCCAUUAAAAUAACACAAAGUGUUUCCACUGUCACUCCAAAUCUGUGCAGGAGGGAAGAGCAAGAUAAUGCCUGAACAUUUCUGUAGGAUGUGCCCUGUUUAAAACUUGCUUGAUUGCAUUAACGUGUAUGACAGACAGAAGGAGAGGGCUGUGUAUCUAUAAAAAGGGGAAGUGUUUGCUUGUCUGUUUGUGUGCCCCUAUGCUAUUUGAGUGUAUGAAGGGCUGUUAAUGCAUGUCCUGGGAAUAGGGUUGGUGUGAAGGAGAAGAGCUGAGGAGCAGGAAGUGAACUUUUGGCUGGUGUGUUUUGUUGAGCAGGAUGUGCCGUGUGUUUCUGCUCACAGGCAGAUAGAGAGACGGAGAACAGGGAGGGAGAGGAGCAGGGAGAGCACAGCAGGGUGGACGCGAGCCAUUGUCUCAGUAUGAAAGCCUGUCCGUACUUCUAAAACUCUCCAUUCAGAAAACAAGUAGACUGUAUCUUCUCUUUUCCUUCCCCUUUUUGCUCUUUGGGAAUAAACCUCUGCUCAGUAUCACAGUGAUACGACAUCGUGGGCUUUCAAGGGCUACACGGUGAGGAAGCCAUUCAGACAUUUUGUUGCGUGGAGAGGAAGUUUUCCAUCCACUUAUUCAUCACGGCAUUUUCUAUAUCGUCUGUGUAUUUUUUCAUCUUUUUUAAAACAUUUAGGCAGAUCUCAUCAUCUCAACGACAAUAACAAUAAAAGCAGAGCCCUCUGAUAUAAAUAACCAUUAAAAACCUGCUGUAUUUCUUCUGCUCAGUGGUUGAUUCAAUUAGUAAAAUUAGAAGAGUCUUGUUUCAAUUUAGCAGUGCUGCCACAUGGGGUUUAUAGCAUACGCCUUUGUUAAUGUUAUUUAUAUGACACAGCAACCCAGAAAACCUCUCAUUGCCACCAAAGCGGUUUAGAUGAAGAAGUUUGAAGUAAUAAAAUUAGGAGUUCAGAAAUGGAUUAGUUACAUUAAUUAACAUAGUGACAUGAAUUAAUGCAUGACACAAGUUUGUAAAAAAAAAAAGAACCCCAACUAUAAGAUGUGGUUGAAACUUUUUUUUUUUUAAUUUUAUUUGACUAUUUCAUUCCUUCCUAAUGUUUUUAUGGCAACCUUCCCAGACCUAUAACUUUUAUAACACUAACAAUAUAGAAGUAAAACACAGUUCCAGCGGCCCUGUGUACGCCAAAAAAGGGUUUCAGUUUAAUGUUAAAAAAUGCAAAGAAUGAUUUAAAACCUUCUACCGGCUGCAGCAGAACGAGAUCACCUAUGUGACUCUGACAGAUCGAGUAGCCCCGAUCUGCAUUCAUACCAUUGUUUGACAUUUAUGGUAGGCUGUUUGACGACAUGUGCCAAAAGGACUGAAGCACUUAGCAGACAUCGCAGACGCUCAAAACAAAACUCAGUGACAAUAUUUGUAGUUUCCACUGUGCUGUUGCAUUGUUGAACUUAAACUUCAGACAAACUUUGACUCUCUUAUGGAAGCUAUUUUCCACGUGGCAAAUCAAAAGAGCCCAGCGCAGACAGGCCACUAUUGUCAGUGUACAUAUUUCUUUUUAUGAAACAUAACUUUUAAUGGAAGCUACAGCCAAAUAAUGAAUUCUGCCUCUGGCAAACCAAAAGCUGAUGAUUAGGUCAACCAAAUGCAAAUGCGGCUGCAGUAUGACAGGCAUCUUUUAUAUGUGUAAACGUGUAUUUGUUGAGAUGAUGUGAUGUGUCCACAUAGUGCACCUGCCCAUCUACAUGUCUGAACUGCUUUCCCACAGUGUAGCAGAAUAAAGUACAAGGGAGUGAUUUGACACUUUCAAGAGUCUUUAUUACAAGCAGCUGCUUCAGAUUUAUUUCCCCCAAACUGCACUUUUCUGGAAAAAUCAUUCUAUUGUGAUUUUUUAUUACUCUUAAGAUCCCCUAGAAGUCCCCCAAUUGCCUUUCCUUUGGCACUUAGCUUCUUUCGUUUUCCUCAUCUUCCUCCCUUCAGUGCAGCGCUUGGCCACACUAGUUCACUUGCCCUUGUUACCUCUAAGUACAGCUUCCCUCCUCACCUCUCUUUGUCCUUCUCUCUUCUUACACUCAACACAAACCGCUGACCCACAGCGCCACACCGCCUCCCCCUCUCCCAUGAUCCACUUACUUCCAGCUGUUUUUCAUGCUGAAGAAGACAGUUGUCUAAAUGUUUAUAUGAAGAGCUACUUUCUUUUUCUUUAAGCCCUGAUCAAUUUCCAAAAUGAACUUUGUGGCAUGUGUUAAAAUACAGCAGAUGAUGGGCCAAAUAAAAAUGUCUGACAUCGUUAUUCUAUUGUGAUCCUCAAGCCAAGAAAGGGCUUACAAAGGGAGAUUAAAGACAGCAUAUCGUUGUAGAGGAAAUGCAGAAUAAUGUGAGGGGAAAUGUUCAGGGGAAAAUAUGCUCAGAAAGAUGCCAGUAAAGUAAACAUGUAUGAAAUUGCACAAUUGAGCCGGGGCUCGGCUGCACCAGCCAAGUCAUGCGCUGAGAUGGAGAGAAUAAGUAAGGGAGAAGGGCUGAGAGGAAAAGAACCAGAAACGGGGAGAGAAUAGCUUGUGCUUGAUAGUCUUAACCCUCCGUAAAUAACAGAGGAAAGCUGGUUACUUGGUGUAUUUCUUCACCUUUUUUCCACCUCUUUCUGAGCACCUACUCUAUAUCAUUUCCCUAUUUUAUUAGAUAUGGUUGUGAGGAAACACAGUUUGCUUUCUCAUUGCUGAUUACUGUCAGUCAUUGUCAGUUUUGUAACGUUAAUGUUCACGUUAGCAUCCACUCAAAAAAGCCAUCCUUCUUCUAGACCUAACAAUUAUCAUUCAAUCAGCACAUGACCCACAGUAGGCUCUUUGUAGUUGAAUAAAUGGGACGGGGGCUCCGGCUGCCCGACUGCUCCUGCAUCUGUUUAGCUCAGAUAUCGCACUCUGUUUCUUUCUUUCUACCUUGAACACACACGACAGGCUAAGUAGACUUUGGCUUGAAUCGAGCUGUGUUUUGUUUACAGUGUAAAAACUUCUGCUCCAGGAGUUUAAAUGAAAAGAAAAACAAAGAUCACGGACGAAACAAGUAGGGAUGAAAGUUGGUCAGGGAGAAGAUCUGAUUGUACAUCACACACACAUGCACAUGCAGCUGGAUGGCAGACUGCAGCUCUAGAUUAGGUCAGAUUUAAUUAGGUCACCCGGUUCCUUUUGGAGUGUCGUUUCUUGUAGAAAAAGUCAUUAUUAAAGAAAAAAAAAGCUGAUUCCACUGACAGCUUUCACCCAACACACAUUGAACUUUUGCCAGAAUGUAACAGAGCCUCAGGGUCCUUCCACACACACACACACACACACACACACACACACACACGCACAA